GUCUAGUCAUAGAAGUCAUCCCUACUUCCAAAGAAAGGAAAAGAUAAGAUAAGCACGUUAGCAUCACAUAGUGUUAUCGAGUCAGCAACCCCAAAACUACACAGUACAAGACAACAAAAGUAAUACUAAAAAAAAAAACAAAUCAAAACAAUUCAUUGCCCUUAUCCAUUCCCAACCCAUUUCUAUAUUUCUACCCAUCCGCGGCGACUCAAAGCCGACAACCCCCCUUUCCUUUCCUUCUUCAACUACCAUUUUCCAACCAACCAACCAACAACAAAAUUAAACUUUCACUCUCUUUUCCUUUUCCUUCUUCAAUGGCUUCCUUCUCUAUUUUCCUUCCUCUCUUUUUCUCUCUCCUUUCUCUUGUUUCUUCCUCCCCAAAUUCCCUCCUUCUCCCAAUCACAAAAGACACCACAACACUCCAAUACUUAACAACCCUUUCUUAUGGCACCCCUUUUCUUCCCACAAAACUCGUUGUUGAUCUCACUGGUUCACUCUUCUGGCUUCAUUGUUCCUCAAGAAAAACCCCUUCUUUUUCUCUCCGUACAAUCCCUCACCGUUCUCUUCAAUGCCUCACUGCAAAAACCAAUCAAACAUUUGAAUUUCCCAUAGAUCAAAACCACCCAUGUCAAAUUCUCACUGAAAACACCAUCACAGGUAAAGUAGCUACUGAUGGAAAACUUGUAGAAGAUGUUGUAGCUUUCAAAUCAACGAAAGAUUCAAUUUUUGAACAUGCCCAUGAUUUUCUCUUCACUUGUUCACAUACCCUUCUCUUGAAUGGUUUAUCAAGUGAUGCUAAAGGCAUUGUUGGUUUUGGUAGAUCUAGAACUUCUUUUUCAUCACAGGUUUUCAAUUCAAUCAAUUCACAGAGAAAAAUCACUUUUUGUCUCUCGUCUUCUUCUGGGUUUGUUCAACUUGGAAGCACAAGCACUGUUUUUGAGUCUUCAACAAAAUCUGAAAUUUUCAGAUCUUUGACUUUUACACCUCUUGUCGAAAGCCAAAACCAUGAAUCUUUCAUCAACGUGAAAUCCAUCAAAAUUGGUGGCAAAAAAGUGUCUUUUAACACCCCAUCAUUGUCUCAAGAGGGAAAUAGUGGAACAAAGUUGAGUUCUAUUGUGCCUUACACAACAAUUCAAAGUUCAAUCUAUGGCAACUUCAAAAGUGCUUUUUUGAAAGCUGCUUUUUCAAUGAACAUGACUAGAGUAACUUCAGUGGCUCCUUUUGAUGUUUGUUUUGAUUCUAAUGGAAUUGAUGAGUCAAAAGUCGGUCCUAAUGUGCCUGUUAUUGAUUUUGUUCUACAAAGUGAGAUGGUGAAAUGGAGCAUAUAUGGAAGAAACUCAAUGGUGAAGUUAAGUGAUGAUGUUAUGUGUUUGGGAUUGUUGGAUGGUGGUGUUGAACAAAAGAAUCCUAUUGUGAUUGGAGGGUAUCAAUUUGAGGAUGUUUUGGUUCAAUUUGAUUUUGAUAGUUCUAUGGUGGGAUUUAGUUCUUCACUUUUGAUGAGGGAUUCUAGUUGUUCUAAUUUUAGAUUUGGUUCCAUUUCUUCACAAUAGUUUUGAUGAUUAUUACUCUAAUUAUUGUUAUGGUUAUAUUUGAGGACGCAUACCAUAUAGAUUUUGUUAGAUUAUGGUGAAUUGUGAGUAGUUUUAUCAAUUUUGUAAUCACCUUUUCUUUCAUGUUUUUUUUUUUCUCUCUAUUUUGGUGUAUGUGUAUAUGGUGAGGGCAAUUUUGAUGUUGGAAUGGAAUAUUUCUAUUGUAUGAAAAUAAGCUUGAUCAGUUGAGUUAUCAUUUGGAAAUUUGGCU